UUUUCCCUCUUAAAGGCCUACUGAAACCCACUACUACCGACCACGCAGUCUGACAGUUUAUAUAUCAAUGAUGAAAUCUUAACAUUGCAACAGUUAGCUUACUAAAGUGCAAUUUUACAUUUUGCGCCGAAAUAUCCUGCUGAAAACGUUUCGGUAUGAUGACGCCUGCGCGUGACGUCACGGAUUGUAGAGGACAUUUUGGGACAGCAUGGUGGCCAGCUAUUAAGUCGUCUGUUUUCAUUGCAAAAUUCCACAGUAUUCUGGACAUCUGCGUUGGUGAAUCUUUUGCAAUUUGUUCAAUGAACAAUGGAGACAGCAAAGAAGAAAGCUGUAGGUGGGAAGCGGUGUAUUGCGGCCGGCUGCAGCAACACAAACACAGCCGGUGUUUCGUUGUUUACAUUCCCGAAAGAUGACAGUCAAGCUUUACUAUGGAACAGAGAAGUCAAGCGAACACGGUUGGAUUGGACCACACACACAAAGUACAGUGUAUUAUGCAGCGAUCAUUUCGAAAGAUCGUGUUUCGAAGAGGGUCCCUUGCGAAGGAUAGAGAUGGGCAUCGCCACCGCUCGUCGACUGGUGCUGAAGAAAGGUGCGGGGCCAACUAUUUUCAUCAGACCACGGCCAGGCAUCAGUGGCAGUGCUUCGACAAGUUCAGACAACCCCACCCCCUCCACAAGUGGACAGACCGUGCACAUGAGGUCUGCAUUUGCCAAAAGGGGAAGGAAGAGGACAAUAGAUCAGAUCAUGGCCAGUACGACUACGGCAUCAGUGGCGGAUGAACCAAUGGCAAUGGCACUAGAUUUGCCUGAUGAGGAGGGCGAUCAAGAUCAGGGAAAUACAAGAGAACAAGGAUGCCAGAUGGACUGGGUACCGAUUGGGACAGCACCAACGGCAAUGACUAGUAGCAAGAGCACCCCAACAAGGAAAAUACACCAUAGAUCAAAGGGACACCAGGUGACCCCAGAGAUCCUCAAGAGGGUUAGAGCUCGGCCAGCCAGGGUUAGUGAAGUCCCAUCGUCAAGUGUAGCAGCUCCAUCUGACAGCCCCGAGAUGCAGCCCAACAUAGCAACUCCAGACGUCCAGCAGCUGAUUGGUAAUCCAGAAGAAGUUUCCCCUCAGUUAGUGGGGAGCUCCACUUUGAAGCAGGAGACUCCACAACCACCCUGCAUUAAAAAGGAAGAGGAGGAACUCUGCAUCACUCAGGAGGGAGAGUGUCUUCUAGGACCACUGAGUAUUCUCUCUGUGAAGACCGAAGAUGAUGAAGAGAAACCACAACUAGACAACCUCAUAACUCCACUACCAGAUAGUGAGGUUGAAAAACCUUUGAUCAGCUAUACAGAAUGUGAAGGUGAUAUGAGGACUCACAUUGACAACAAACACUCUGAAUGCGCUACAAAGAAGAGAGACGUCCAGCAGCUGAUUGGUCAUCUAGAAGACGUUUCCCCUCAGUUAGUGGGGAGCUCCACUUUGAAGCAGGAGACUCCACAACCACCCUGCAUUAAAAAGGAAGAGGAGGAACUCUACAUCACUCAGGAGGGAGAGUGUCUUCUAGGACGAGAGGAAGCUGAUUACACCAUGUUGCCACUGACUGUUGUCUCUGUGAAGACUGAAGAUGAUGAAGAGAAACCACAACCAGACAACUUCUUAGCUCCACUAUCAGAUAGUGAGGCUGAAGACGAGGUUGAAGUAACUUUGAGCAGCGAUACAGACUGUGAAGGUGAUAUGAGGACUCACACUGACAACAAACACUCUGAAUGCUCUACAAAGAAGAGAGCUAAAACAUGUUUGAGCUGCUCAGUUUGUGCUGAAAGUUUUACUAAAAAGAGCCAUUUGACUCAACACAUGAGAAUACACACAGGAGAAAAAUUAUUUAAGUGUUCAUUUUGUGGCAAAAGCUUUUCUCAAAAUAGCAGUUUGACUCGACACAUGAGAACACACACAGGAGAAAAAACAUUUAAUUGUUCAGUUUGUAGCGAAAGUUUUUCUCAAAAUAGCCAUUUGACUCGACACAUGAGAACACACACGGGAGAAAAACCAUUCAAUUGUUCAGUUUGUGGCGAAAGCUUUUCUCAAAAUAGUCAUUUGACUGAACACAUGAGAACACACACAGGUGAAAAACCAUUUAACUGUUCGAUUUGUGGUAAAAACUAUUCUCUUCAGAGCACUUUGACUGAACACAUGAGAACACACACAGGUGAAAAUACAUGUAAUUGUUCAGUUUGUGGCAAAGGCUUUUCUGUUAAGAGGAAUUUGAAUCAACACAUGAGAGCACACACAGGUGAAAAACCAUUUAUUUGUUCAGUUUGUGGCAAAAGCUUUUCUGUUAAGAGGAAUUUAACUCAACACAUGAGAACACACACAGGUGAAAAACCAUUUAAAUGUUCAGUUUGUGGCAAAAUCUUUUCUCGAAAUACCUCUUUGACUGAACACAUGAGAACACACACAGGUGAAAAACCAUAUAAGUGUUCGGAUUGUCGCAAAAGUUAUUCUGUUAAGAGCAAAUUGACUCAACACAUAAGAACACACACAGGUGAAAAACCAUUUAACUGUUCGAUUUGUGGUAAAAAGUAUUCUUCUCAGAGCACUUUGACUGAACACAUGAGAACACAUACAGGUGAAAAUACAUUUAUUUGUUCAGUUUGUGGCAAAAGCUUUUUUGUUAAGAGGAAUUUGACCCAACACAUGAGAACACACACAGGUGAAAAACCAUUUAGUUGUUCAGUUUGUGGCAAAAGCUUUUCUGUUAAGAGCAGUUUGAUUGAACACAUGAGAACACACACAGGUGAAAAACCAUUUAGUUGUUCAGUUUGUGGCAAAAGCUAUUCUGGUAAGACCACUUUGAUUGAACACAUGAGAACACACACAGGUGAAAAAUCAUAUCAUUGUUCAGUUUGUGGCAAAAGCUUUUCUAUUAAGAACAAAUUGACUCAACACAUGAGGACACACACUGGACUAAGAUCAUUUAAUUGUUCAGUUUGUGGUAAAAGCUUUCUUCAUAACGGCUCUUUGUGGCGACACAUGAGAACACACGCUGGAGAAAAACCAUUUAGUUGUUCAGUGUGCUGUAAAAGGUUCCCACUUAAUGCAGACGCAGUAAGACACUCAAGAACACACAAAGGAAAAUAACCAAUUAGCUGUUUAGUUUGUGGUAUGUUGCUCAUAUGAGGCGACAUCCACCCUACCCAGGACCUCCUCACUGCUUCUUUCACAAAUAUCUGAGGUUUUCAUACAAACUUGGAUUAUGUGGAGCAUAAUCUUAUCUACUCAUGACUCCAUGUCUUCUCUGUAUCUGAAACCUUCCUGAACAAUUAACCCCCAACCCCCACCUCCCUCGACAUUCGGGCAUAACAGGUUCAAUCCGGCCUGCGAGAUGAGUUUGCGAAGUGUAAAAUUCAGCUGCAUUUUUUAAUGAAACAAACUGCUAUUCUAAAUGUGUCCACUGGAUGUCGCAAUAGCAAUUCUGUUAGGCAAGCAAAUAGUUCAUACCGGGGCGAGCCAGUAUACCAAGCAAGAGGUACAUGGUAAAGCGGGGCUCUGACUCCUCCCACUCCACCCAACGUAAAACAGGAGUAAAAUAAGCAAUCAGUAACCCCACUUAAAAUGCAGCAUGAGACACUGCACACUGAUAUAGUUCUGUGAAAAUGAUUGUCUUCUGUGCAAACAUAAAGAAAGAGAACAGUGUGUGAUUUACUGCAAUACUGUCAGUCUUUUAACUUUUUAUUUGUGCUUUUUUGAAAUUGUUCACACAUUGCACAGCUUUUAUUUUUCUAUUGUUACACAGUAGAGAAUAUAGGAUAUACUUUCUGUCAAAAAGUGAUGAGGUCAUAUACAUUUAAUAUGAAAAAAUAAUUUAUAAAAAAAAUAACUUAAGUCCCGCCCCCUGACUUCCGGUGUAUAUGUCCCUUCUUCUGGCAUCUGACUAUGAUUUGACAGAUCAAUCUAUGAAAGAUGUGUCUAUUUCACCACUAAAUAUUUUAUAAAUUUUAUUUGACAGGUCUUCGAAAGAUGUGAAAACAAUAAUCUAUAUAUUUACUGUAUUGAAUAUGAAUUUAUUGCAGCUAUAGUCACUGUGUGUAGACUUGAAGGGGGUCUCGUAUCCUUAGUAAGGGCUUUUUUCUAACAGGAAAAUUGGGGUCUGAUUUAUCAAAUUUUCGGUGGAUUGAGAUAACGAUGACCUAUCACAAAGCUCUACAAUGGGGGGUGUGGGGCAUACUUGCCAACCUUGAGACCUCCGAUUUCGGGAGGUGGGG